GCCGUCUCUCCCAACACGCACUCACACGUUAUGUCCCCAUGGCAUCACGAGUAUCAGCUUCUGUUAGGUCGCGAGUUCGUGGCUUAGUUUUGUCGGGCAGCAGUAGCAGCAGCCGCGAGCUCAGUUGCACCAAACCGACGGCCAUCGAAGGCAGCAACAUCAACGACAGCUGCAGCAGUGGAGUCUUCUUGAGCUCGUGCCCAGCAGGUCACAGCACAACGGCGCCGUCGUUGCUGCUACUGCGUCGACGCCAACAGCAGCACCGCGGCUACUCUUCGAUUAGCAGCAGCUGUCCUGCAAGGUCCAGCUGGUCGUCGUCAAUCCCGCCGUUGGUAGCAGCCAGGCCGUCCUCCUUGCUGUCCACGACCACCACCCCACGAGGGCAACGCCGCCAUGCACAGCAACAACCCGCAUUCUGUACCAACAGCAGCAGCAGCAGCGGCAGCGGCAGCAGCACCGGAAAGCUUGACGUCCACGUUACCCACGUUGAUGCUGCUGCUGCCGCCGACAACAAGGCGGAGGAUGAACGCGAGAUGAUGCCCGAGGAGGACCGGGUGCCGGUGGGGGCCGGGUCGACGGCGCAAGGCAGCGAGGACAAGCCAAACGUCGUGAGGUUUCUAGACGUUCCGGGGUCGGAGCAGACCCGGGAGGAGAAGAUGACCAUCGUCUUCACUUGCACGGUGUGCGAGACGAGGACAGCCAAGACCUUCGCCAAGUUGUCCUACGAGAAGGGGGUUGUCUUGGCCCGGUGCCCCGGCUGCCACAACAUACACCUGAUCGCCGACCGAUUAGGGUGGUUCGAGGAGGCAGGAGACGGUGCCGAUGGGUGGGAUAUCGAGAAGAUCACCAACCGCAUCGGAGAGAGCGACUGCCACGUCGUCAACGAGGACAAUGUCAUGGAGCUCAACCUCGUCGAUAUCGCCGGCAAGACAACCCGACGAAAAGACACGCCCCCAACGAGAGGGGACGACAGAGAUUCAUCCCCGGAGUCGCCUAGCUCGGAGGGACAGAAGUGACCUGUCUAGCUUGCUGAAGUCAUAUUGUUUGAAUAGGUUUUUCAAGCUGGCGUUUUUUGGGGGGAGGUGGAAACAAAACGUUGACACGCCCGUUCCGAUCAAGGACACCUCCACGGGUUGCGAAAGCUAUUUCGAUGCACGCCUUUCGAGACACAGAAGGCUCGACCUACGACAAUAAUGUUUGUUUCGCAAGGAUCAACGAGAUUUCGUCUCAUGGGGAAGAAAAUGGGCGUGCGUGAGUUAGACCGCAUAUACGUCCACGUUUCGUGACGCGAACCGCGUUAAUUUCAAGGGAACAGACCUUUCGAACUGGUUAGGAUAGAGAUACACACCACACAACAAGAACGAAGACCCAAAACUGAGAGGAAA